UUCCUAAUCCCUUUCAGAUAAAGAUAAAAGAUGAACAUUUGUCCUUUUUGAAAGCUUCCAUUUCAUUUGUCCUUGUUAACAUGAAGAGCUUUAAGUGUGGCUGGUGCAUUUUGACAGUGGUGUUUCUUGUGCACAGUCGGAUGUUGAUGCAGUUGGGGCCUACGGUGGUGUGGUAAGGGUUUGGAUCUAACCCCUGUACUUAAGGAUUUUUUAUGUGGAUUUUUGUAAUUGACUAACAGCUGGUUUGGAAAUCUUUCUUACACCUGUAAUUGCAUUGCAAGUGACAUUUUUCUGCAGCUCUUAUCCCCUUAUAACACAACUUGUCUUAUCAGAGCACAGCAGUGCAUGAAUUGAUUAUUUUAGUUGAUUUAGGUGUCUGUGACUAUGUUUGGUCAUGUGCUUAUGGUUGCUGUUGUAAUGGCACAUUGGUUACCGUGGAGUCACUCAGAUAUGAUUUGCACAAAAAGAACACUACAUUUUUUAGUUGUUCUCCUCCAACCCAAACAGUCUGUCCUAUUUUAGGCUGAAUGAGGUCCUCUCUCUCUCUCUCUCUCUCUCUCUCUCUUUCUCUCUCGCUGAGUGCAGGGCCAGUGUGGAAAAAUAAUUUCAGAUCUGGUGGAUGCACAUGAGCUUCAAUGUCUUAUUAAUAACAUGUUAAUACAUUGUGGUUCUUUGUGUGUGUAAUGUGUAACUGUAAGACAGCAGCAUGUAUAUGUUUUCACUCUGCUGUGCAAACUGAGAUAGACCCAGUCUACCCAUUUGUCCCUCUGUCUUAAAGGGCUCAUACUCCCAUAAGAAGUCAAAGAAAAAGAAGAAACAUAAGCACAAAGACAGAGACGUAUGUAAGAGCUUACAAAGACUGGUUUGCACAAAAACAGCUUUCAGUGUUUCUCACCUCUGUUCUUUCUUCACAGAGGAAUGGUUAUGAUGAUGACUACAGUGUCAUGUCCAGCAGGAGCUCGAGGCUCAGUGAUGAAAGUAGAGCGUCUCGUCCAUCCAGACUAGACCUGACGGUGCGUACUGACCACCAUGGAGUCGUGUUACAGAGCAGCUGUGUGCUCAUACCUCUAACAACACACAGAAUUCUGCUUUGGUUUGACUGCUGUUUUUUGACCAAAAUUUCACCAAAUCCUGAUAGAGAUAAUUUCCUUAGUUUGGUUCGGUCUUCAUGAGGAAGUGUUACCUUUAAGUUUAGGCAUGUGAUCAACUAAUGAAUAAUAAAUGAAUGAGUUUGGCAAGAUUAUUGGUGUCAGUUUGUUCCACCUUUCUUUUACCAGUUGUAAGAUUUCUAUCACUACUUUACGUUCAGUGCUGCAGAGCUGCACAGCAUUACUUUUUAGAAUGACUUAUACCCAUGUCUCUCAUUCUCCUCAUUCCCGCCUUCCCCUUCAGGCCUCUUAUGCUUCAUCUGACUUAUACAGCCUCAACGGUCUGUCCUCUAGAAACCAAGGUUCAGCUUUUAAUGGUUAUCAGAGCUCCUUAUAUGAAGAUAGCCUGUGCAGCGGGUCACGACGAGUCACAGGAUCCAGUUCCCAUCCUUUAGAGUACACUAGUUAUCUCAGCUCAGGCUCCAGAGCGUCCUCCAGAGCAGGUUCAGCCCGAGCCAGCCCAGUGGAUAACUGCAGCUCUGUUGCUAGUUUUCUGAGGAGUGCAGCCAGUAGCAGUGGUCUGCCCAGAGACCUGGACGAUGUUACUAUCCCUGACUUUUCAGAUGUGAGUUGGACUGAAGCAGCAGCAGGUGAUGCUGGUCCUGCUCGGUGGUGUUUAUUUAACAACAGCUCUUCCUGUUUGUACCCUCAGAGGAGGACUGAAUGUACUGUGUUAGAGGUUACUUUGUGUGUGGACUGAAAGUGGAAACUGCCAGCCUAUCUUUUUUUUUUUUUUUUUUUUUAAUCAAGAUUGCAUUCUACUGUGUGUGGCAACGAACAAAAUCUGAGCAUGUUCUGGAUUUGGAGGUUGUUUAAUCCAUAUGUUACCAGUGUUU